UGCUUUAAAUUCCGUCAGCUCAUUAACUAUAAGACGAAACUGUCUACACCUGCACACUGUCAGAUUUGGUAGGGUUUCUCCGCAAAGUGACACUGCAGGGAGGUGUGUUGCCGCGCAGUGAUACGCUGGAAACGGGAAGCCGCGUGCGACCGAUAGGUUUUCGCUUUAGUGAGUCCGCCGUUUGUGGAUCCGAGUGUGCACAGGCCGGAUAACCCCCCGAUUGCGAGCCCAGUCUGCGAAAUCCACAUUCAUCCGCAAUGGCUGACCAACUCACAGAGGAACAGAUUGCAGAAUUCAAAGAGGCGUUCUCGCUGUUCGACAAGGAUGGUGACGGCACAAUCACGACCAAGGAGCUUGGGACGGUGAUGAGGUCGCUGGGACAGAACCCAACGGAAGCGGAGCUUCAGGACAUGAUCAACGAAGUCGACGCCGACGGUAAUGGGACGAUCGACUUCCCCGAGUUCCUGACCAUGAUGGCGCGCAAAAUGAAGGACACGGACAGUGAGGAGGAGAUCCGCGAAGCGUUCCGGGUCUUCGACAAGGAUGGCAACGGGUUCAUCUCGGCAGCCGAGCUACGCCACGUCAUGACCAACCUGGGCGAGAAGCUCACCGACGAGGAGGUGGACGAGAUGAUCCGCGAAGCCGACAUCGACGGUGACGGACAGGUCAACUAUGAAGAGUUUGUAACGAUGAUGACUUCCAAGUGAAGAGGCUUUCCUGGGGGGUAACGUUGAGGGGGAAAAGAACUACGGAGAGGUCCUGUUGUAUCGUGAGGCUGACGACGGAAAAAAAAAAAAGACGACGUGCGGAGGCUUUUUCCCUCGCGGAAGUCCUGCCGUCACCCCCACUUGUAAUUAAUGCCGACGACAAGAGGAACAGAAAAAAAAGUAUAUAUAAAUUUUGUCGCCCUUUUUUACCCGGUUUAUUUUAAUUUCUUUUGUAUUUUUCACUCUUUUAUUGUUUUUUUCAACCUCUCCUCUACCCCUUCUUUGUUUCACGUCUUCAAAAACGACCUAUUUGUGAAGAGGAAAAAAUGCUGCUUAGCUGCAACUUUAUUGCCAAUCAUUGACCUCCCCCACCUCUUACUGCCUACACCUCCCACCUGUUUAUCGUAGGUCUGCCUUACAUGAAUUGCCGCGUCUUAUGGCAAAGUCUACCACGGGAAGGUGUUUGCGAGGGUGCUGACUUUCCACCGAAACAGCCGGUUUGAUACUGAAAUACUGAGGGGAGGGGUGGCUGCAGCGGCUGUGAACAGCUGACCUCUCUUCCAAAUGCCUCACUUUCCUACACACCUCCUCAUCCUCCGGCACGCCCGCUAUCCCCACUCUGUCGGUCUUUCUCUUUCUCGCCGUCUGUGGUGGGUUGUACAUCUAUGGCUCUUGAGGGGAAAAAAAAAAUUAUGUACUAUAGAGAAUUGUGAUUGCUGGUGUGAGGUGGUGAAGUUUAAAGACCCUCCCCUCUGAAAACCCACCCCGUGCCUAUCCCUCGGCCCAACCUUUUUUGAGAUCUUGCUUAGGGAUUUCACGAGGAUGCUGGGUUUGGGAUGAGUUUGCUGAAGGCUCGAAUUGGUAUUCAGAGCCUAGACUUCUGAUCCUCCGCAGUUCGUUCAUUGUUGCUGAAACUCCUUUAUUCCUUGACUUUUUCCUUUGAGCAGGUCUUUAUCGGUCCCACUUAGCUUGUAUAGAAUUUUCUUAGUUAUGAGAGAAGCUCCCGGUGAUUUCUGCCCUCUUUCCCACGACAAGCACCGUGCCUCUCUCUCUCUUUCGCCUCUGGCAUGAUGCCUGCUUUUUCCUUGCGAAGGAAGAAAGUAAUUUUGUUUGUCCAUCUUGCACCACUUAAUCGCAUUGGGCAUCGUAGGUGUGUGUAUGUGUGUGUGUGUGUGUGCCAAGACUGAUGCCUGAUUGUGUGUGUUGUUAAAGGGAUGCAGUUGAGGUCGAAGAGCAGGUGGCGCAGUUUUUUCGCUGAAGUUGGCACCAGUUUGAGGUUAUAAGGCAUUCGACGCCAUGAACUAUAAAGUGUUAUACUGCAUGCUUCCUUCUUGGUUAGGCAUGUUCCCGUUUCUUGCACACUUAUUUUUUGGCAUGGGUGGCGUUUUGGUGUACAAGCUCUUAUUGAAAGGACUCGAAUAUUUCUUGUGCACUUCUCAUGUCACCUUCGAGGUUUUUUCUUGAUUAGACUCUUGCGUUGUUUCAGUUAAUUUUUGUUUUUUGUUUCUUCAGUGUGUUGCGUCGUCCAAUCUGUUAGACCCAGAACAGGACACCAGUGCUGAUAUCGUUUGUGCGGGUACUGAAGUUGCUUUGGCAAGAUCUUCAGUCUCCCAGGGCCGGCACUGAUCGCGCGAUUCUUGAGAAUCCCAUUUGUAGUCGUCGUGUUGCUGCGUUUAAUCACCUGUUUGUCCAGACGUGUUAAUUUAUUGUCAAAUUCACAUACUGUCGCAUUUAAUACCUCUCCCCUCAUCCUUUUUUUUUUCUGCUGUUUUGUUUCAAGAGCAGGUAGCCAUAAAAUGAGACCUGUUUAGCUGCCCCUUUUUUCUGUCUGAGAUAGGGCGCAGUUCUUUUUUGGCAAGCAUGUUUGUCUUGCUUCACCCCCUUUCGCUCUGCUGUUUCAUGCACUUUUUUUGUGACUUGGGAAUUGAGUAGGCUGAGGUCUUAUGACAAGAAAAAAGACAUUCCAUGAUUUUUUUUGAGGUUGUUGGAGAACUGGGGUGUUUGCAUCACAAUUCUUUUUUCCCCUCGGGGUGCAUGUUUGCUUGUGAUUCACAGUUUCUGAAUUAGUUUUUAGUCAAUAAUUCCUUCUCCCACAGCACCGAUGACGAUGCCAUUAUUACGCAGAUGUGGAGUUCUUGCCUCUUCGCAGGUUUGUUUUGCAUUUUGCGGACUGCUUGUGGCAGGUGUCGCUUUGACGGCAUUACCACCCCCAACCAUGCCAGUACGUACCAGCAGGAGACAUUUUCCGACUGUGGCGUCGUUGCCAAAGUCCCGGAAUUUCUGCUCCACUUCUCAAAAAUAUCUGCAGUGACGCAUGCCUUGUGCGCAUAUCGUUGCCAAGCGUGUGGCGACUGUGUGUGGCCUCUCGACAUUUAGGUUUUCAUCUCUUCGUCCAUGCGUGGUGGAAUGAAAAUGUGGGGUCUCUCCUUUUUUUUCCCAGUUGUCCUUGGAGGCCUCGUCGCGGCAAAAAAAACUGCUUCCACCUUUUAAGUAGGUCAACUAGACACUAAAGGAAAAAACUCUUCCCUUAUUUCGAAACGCUUUUUCCGGGGCCUUUCUCUCACUCCAUCGAUUUCCGAAGUCCCAUUUUCGAGAGAUUUUUUUCACCCAACACAAACACAUUAAAAUGUUCUACCUUUCUUUCCUCUUGCCUGGUUAACUGCGCCCUCUGUCGAAAGUCUUCGAAGAUCUCUCAUAUCCAGUCGCCUUGGUUAGUUCGUGUGCUUGGUGCUCCGAUAACACGUACCCUAUCCUUUUUCCUGAAUGAACUUAUACAUUGCGCACUUCGAGAUAAAAGUAUAUAUACGUUAAAAAUGCGGACACCCACAGGAUAUAUGAUGCAUUGUAAUUUCAAGCGAUGGUCGUUAAAUGUGAGGUUAAAAGGGGAACGAAUAAAAAAAAAAGGCUUGGCAAAGUGCGGUGUACUCUGAGAGCGGAAGAGUUUUUCAAUAAACAAUGCUUCACCUUUUUUGGGUGGUUUUGG